AGAUGUGCCGUGCGGCGUCUCUCUCCUACUGUGAGAGUUGCAAUGGUAAUGGCGACGGAAUCAAUAUGUAUAAAGCCUCUGUCUUUCGCAAGUUUUACGAAGAACCCACUAAAUCAGUUUCGUUGUCGAAGAAAUCUUUCCCGUCGAAUUCAUCGCUCUCGUUUCGGUGCAAUCUCCUCGAAGACAUCAGAUUAUCAAGAUUUCCAGGGUUAUGCAAGACCUUUGCGUCUCCUACCAGCGGAAGAAGUGAAAGUUUGUAGAGGAGAUCCAUCUUUCACUGUGAGCGAAUCUCGAUCUCUUUAUAAGGUUAAGCUGCAGACAAGUAAUUUAUUCGGUUCAGGGAUUAGCGAUAUAAGUGCUAGAGUUCUUAUAUGCUUGAUAGACGAAAAGGGAGAUUCGGUAUUACAGACAAUACCUGCAAAUUUGUCAAGCAAUGAAUCUUUGGAUCCAGAAGUCACGGUGAAUGGUGAAAGCUUCAAUUUCCAGAGAGGCUCGGUUGAUGAAUUCACAUUUCAAGGACCGAAACUCGGCAAAAUCAGAGCUUUUUGGAUUAGUCUUGACUCCGGUCAAUGGAGAGUUGGAGGAGUGAGCUUGUGGGUGGUUAAUCCUCGCGGCCAAGGACCUAUUCGUGGAGAGACCAAUGUAGAAACCUACGGUGACCGAUAUGAUUUCGAAGUUGAUGAAAUCUUGCUUGGAGAGAGCAGUGACCUGUCAAUGGUGGAACUCAGACCUAUCCGUGUCUCUGAAAUCACCGACUCCGAGCAAAUAUCUUCGUCUUCAGCUCUGAGUCUUAACCGAGCAAUCAUUUCCAACGAGCAAAGCAUGGAAGAAUACGCAAACUUGAAACUCUCUUUGCUUCUCUAUGAUGCAGUUCUCAUCGUUCUUGGAAGUUCUGUCUUCUCCUUCUCGCUAGGCGAAACUUCUGCCAUUGCUUUCUUCUUCGGUGGAACAAUGGGAUUUCUCUACUUGCUGCUCCUUCAGAGAUCAGUCGAUGAACUACAAGCACCUGGAUCUUCUUCUUCCGAAAACUCCAAUCAAAUCCUCAGCGGAAGACUCAAGAUUCCGGUUUUGAGUCUCGCAUUGGCCAUAGGAUUGUCGGUUUUAGCCGUUAGAGGCUACAGUGGAGAAGAUCCCACUGUAUUUGCAGUCACACCAAAAGAGAUUUUGGUGGGGACUUUGGGGUUUCUUGUGUGCAAAGUAGCCGUUGUUUUGGCUGCGUUUAAGCCCUUGAAGCUUGGGUCGUAACUCGUAACGGUUAGUGUUUCUCUUCACUUCCUCACAAACUCUCACUUGAGUUUUGAAGCCUGAAAAUAGAUGUACAUAACUUUGUAUACAAAAGAUAUAUGUAAAUAAGAAUAGAUCCAUGUGUACCUUACAUACAUCAUACAAAAUUGAUAGACAUAUGUGUAUAUGUGUGUACCUUUGUAGUCCAUUGAUCAUCAUUUUACUCAAU